UUAAGAGAGAGAAAAGCUCAAUGAGGAAAACAGAACAAAACCAAACCAAAUAAAGAAUGCUGUGUUUGCAGGCCCCUCACUUCUGGCUCUCUGCUUCUUUCUUCUGCUCAAAACCCAUCUCCUGCCCAGUUGAGCAAAACUCACCAUUUCUCCCAAGUUUUUUUUUUUUUUUUUCCAAACCCGUCUUUUUUUUUCCUCAUUACUUUGAAUUCUUGAAAAUGAAAAAGGAUAAUACUUACUGUAGAUCCAUUCCAACUUCUUUAUCAUUUGUUUGGUGCCAAACCCAUGUUUUCUUUGACUGUUUUAUGCUAAGUUGUCAGCUUGAGUCAAUGUACUUCACUAAAUUUAGCUGACUUAUUCUUUAUCAAAUUUAUCCUCUUCAUCAAGGUUCAUCAUCAAGAUUCAACAUGCAAAUAUUGAACCUCUCUUUCCACAUUUCUUAAUUUUUUUUUUUUUAACUAUCUUCUUCAAUUUCGAAUAUUGAAGCUUCUUGCCUUACCACUGUUAUUGCAUACACAAAUGUCAAGUACAAAGUAUUGUCUCGUUCCUCUAAUAUGCUUUCUUUCUCUUCAAAUCUUGUCUGCACACUCAUAUUCUACACAGCCCUUGAAUUGUACGGACACCACACGCCUAUGCACAUCUUUUUUGGCCUUUAAACCCCAAGAGAACCAGACUCUAGCAGUGAUCCAAAGCAUGUUCGAUGUAUUACCCCAAGAUGUAGCCAUAGAAGGCAAUGGUCACGGAUACAUAUUCAUCAAGAAGAAUUGCUCUUGCUUAUCCACAACCAAAGUUUAUGCCUCUAACACUACAUAUACAGUGAAAUCCAGUGAAGGUCAUGUGUAUGACAUUGUGAUCGACGCUUAUGAUGGGCUUGCUUUCAUGCCUAACACUACUAGAUUAGCCAAGGUCGGUGCGGUGAUUUCGUUGAGGUUGUUUUGUGGGUGUUCAAAUGGGUUGUGGAAUUACUUGAUGAGUUAUGUGAUGGGCGAAGGAGAUACUGUGGAGUCACUUUCAAGUCGAUUUGGGGUUAGUAUGGGUAGUAUUGAGGCGGUAAAUGGGAUAGGAAAUCCCGAUAAUGUUACUGUUGGGGCUCUGUAUUAUAUUCCCUUGAAUUCAGUUCCUGGUGAGCCUUAUCCUGUGGAGAAUGACAUUCCUCCUAGUCCCACUCCAGUUCCUGAACCUUCUUUUGACAGUUACUCAGAAAAUCCACCAAAGCAGAAGGCUCAUGUACCAUAUGGAUGGAUCAUAGGGGGUCUUGGGAUUGGUCUUCCACUGAUUGUAUUUUGUAUAGUUAUUUGUGUAUGCUUGAAGUCCUCUAGCUGCUUUUCAAAAGCUCGAGGAGAUCAUGCUAAAGACCCUGAUGGCAAGAUUUCUCAUAAGUUUCAUAUUCUUCGCAAGCCAAGUUUCUGUUGUGCUUCAGGAAGGUAUAUGACUGGCAAAUCUGGAGAUUGGAAGCAAACAAAUGGAGAGUCUAGCAGCUACCACAUCACUAUACCUAAAGCUCUCGGAACUGAUAUGCUUGAUGUGGAGAAGCCUGUGGUUUUCACGUAUGAAGAAAUUAUUUUUGCAACUGAUGGAUUCUCUGAUUCAAGUCUUAUUGGGCAUGGAACAUAUGGUUCAGUAUAUUAUGGCCACCUUCAUGACCAGGAGGUUGCUGUUAAGAGAAUGACUGCUACAAAAACUAAAGAAUUUAUGGCAGAGAUGAAAGUCUUGUGCAAAGUCCACCAUACAAAUCUGGUAGAAUUGAUUGGCUAUGCAGCCAGUGAUGAUGAGCUCUUCCUAAUUUAUGAAUAUGCCCAAAAGGGUUCACUUAAAAACCAUUUGCAUGAUCCUCAGAAUAAGGGUCAUACAUCACUUUCGUGGAUCAUCAGGGUCCAGAUUGCACUUGAUGCGGCUAGAGGUCUGGAAUAUAUCCAUGAACACACUAAAACACGCUAUGUUCACCGGGAUAUCAAGACGGGCAAUGUCUUACUUGAUGGUUCAUUCAGGGCUAAGAUUUCGGAUUUUGGAUUGGCAAAACUUGUUGGAAAAAAGGGUGAGGGAGAAGCAACAGCAACAAAAGUUGUUGGUACAUUUGGUUAUCUGGCUCCAGAAUAUUUGAGUGAUGGUCUUGCUACAGCGAAAAGUGACGUGUAUGCAUUUGGUGUUGUUCUUUUUGAGAUCAUAUCUGGGAAGGAAGCCAUAAUACAAACUGAAGGUGCAGUUACCAAAAAUCCUGAAAGACGAUCACUGGCAUCCGUUAUGCUAGCAGCUCUUCAGAGCUCGCCCGACUCCAUGAGCAUGUCAGGUUUGAAAGAUCACAUCGAUCCUAAUCUGAUGGAUUUAUAUCCUCAUGAUUGUGUAUUCAAGAUGGCCAUGCUUGCAAAACAAUGUGUGGAUGAGGAUUCCAUCGUACGGCCUGACAUGAAGCAAGUUGUGAUUUCACUGUCACAGAUCCUUUUAUCCUCCAUUGAGUGGGAAGCAACUCUGGCAGGAAACAGCCAAGUAUUCAGCGGUCUUGUCCAAGGACGAUAGAUACUGAGCAAGCUCCUCUUCAAUCCCCACUUAUUUGAGCUCCUUCUGUUUGGCCUUAUUCCCCACUUAAGCCCUUGUAAUCUUGUGGUUACGUAUGCACAGUGGCACUCAGAUAGUGAUAUUCUCAGAUAGUGAUAUUCCAAUUAAGUGGUAAUAUAAUAUACUUGUGGUUGUCUA